CGGACAGAGGACCGCCUCGCUGGCCUACUCUCUCCGCCCUCACGGCGCCGGAAUCCCAGCUCCACUUACCAGGCCGCGGCUACCCCGCCGCCCCCGCCACUCCCGCCACCCCGCUCUCCCAGGCUCUUCAGGAUCCAAGUCUGUAGGCCUUUUAAGGGGUCUAGUUGCCCUUUGCGGGGCCCUGGGACUUUGGUCCCAGACAGCGGGGAUCCGGAUGGCUUCCGUGCGGAUCCGAGAGGCCAAGGAGGGAGACUGUGGAGAUAUCCUGAGGCUGAUUCGGGAGCUAGCCGAGUUCGAAAAACUCUCACAUCAGGUGAAGAUCAGUGAAGAAGCCCUGAGAGCAGAUGGCUUUGGAGAGAAUCCUUUCUAUCACUGUUUGGUAGCAGAGAUUCUUCCAGCGCCCGGGGAGCUACUGGGACCCUGCGUGGUGGGCUAUGGGAUAUACUGCUUCAUCUACAGUACAUGGAAGGGACGCACCAUUUAUCUGGAGGAUAUCUAUGUGAUGCCGGAAUAUCGGGGUCAAGGGAUUGGUUCCAAAAUAAUCAAAAAGGUGGCUGAGGUGAGAAGAGGGGUAGGGGCAACAAGUGAGGACCUGAAGAAGCAAGGGUGGCCUUGGAUAAGGGCUGCUCCCAAUUCCGCCUGGCCGUCCUGGACUGGAACCAGAGGGCCAUGGACUUGUACAAGGCCCUAGGAGCCCAAGAUCUGACGGAAGCUGAGGGCUGGCACUUCUUCUGCUUUGAAGGAGAGGCAACGAGAAAGUUGGCAGGAAAGUGACGCCAUCCCUAGGGGGAUCUCUCUCUUGAGUUUCUCCUUCCCCACCAGCUCAAGCACUCUUCAGAGACUACAUCCACAGACACUGACGCUGAGGCCUCCCUGGAGGAAGGAGGGUGCCUAUCCUCAAGUACUGGGAGAGCAGAAUUGAGGGAGAGACCUUUCUUCUUUGUUGAGGGUGAAAAAUAAAUAAGAAUUACAUGUCCUGA